AUGGUUUCAAUUGAUGUAAAAAACUUCCCAAUUGGAUCUCAUGUUUGGGUGGAGGAUCCCGAGGUAACCUGGAUAGAUGGGGAAGUUGUGGAAGUUGAUGGAAAGGAAAUUAAAGUAAACUGUACAUCAGGGAAAACGGUUACUGCCAAUGCAUCUAACAUCUAUCCAAAAGAUGUUGAUGAUCCUCCAUGUGGAGUGGAUGAUAUGACAAAACUGGCUUAUCUGCAUGAACCAGGGGUUCUUCAGAAUUUAAAAAGUCGAUAUGAUGUGAAUGAAAUUUAUACUUAUACAGGUAGCAUAUUAAUAGCUGUAAACCCUUUCCAAAGGCUACCUAAUUUGUAUAACCGUGAUUUAAUGGAACAUUAUAAAGGGGCAGCCUUUGGCGAGCUGAGCCCACACCCUUUUGCCAUUGCGGAUGCUGCAUACAGGCAGAUGAUGAAUGAGGGGAUAAGUCAGUCCAUUUUAGUUAGUGGAGAAAGUGGAGCUGGUAAAACAGAAAGCACAAAGAUGCUUAUGGGUUACCUUGCCUACAUGGGAAGGAGAGCUGAAACUGAGGGACAGACUGUCGAGCAGCAAUCCAAUCCCGUUUUGGAAGCAUUUGGAAAUGCAAAGACUGUUAGAAACAACAACUCAAGCCGUUUUGGUAAGUUUGUGGAGCUUCAGUUUGAUCAUCGGGGGAGAAUUUCAGGAGCUGCCAUUAGAACUUACUUACUUGAACAAUCACGUGUUUGUCAAGUGUCGGAUCCGGAGAGAAAUUAUCAUUGCUUCUAUAUGCUUUGUGCUGCACCACAAGAGGAUCUUGAUAGGUUCAAGCUAGGAGACCCAAAGAUGUUUCAUUAUCUAAAUCAAUCAAAUUUUUAUCAGCUGGAUGGUGUGGAUGAUGCCAAGGAAUACCUUGCAACAAGGAGGGCAAUGGAUAUUGUUGGGAUCAGUCUGGAUGAGCAGGAUGCAAUUUUCCGAGUUGUGGCUGCAAUUCUCCACUUGGGUAACAUUGAGUUUGCCAAGGGAACAGAUACAGAUUCUUCUGAACCAAAGGACAGUAAAUCUCAGCUCCAUCUGAGAACUGCAUCAGAGCUCUUGAUGUGUGAUGAGAAGGCUCUUGAAGAUUCUUUAUGUAAACGUGUCAUGGUGACUCGUGAUGAGACCAUAAUAAAAUGCCUCGAUCCAGGCGCUGCAGCUCUCAGCAGAGAUGCUCUGGCAAAAAUUGUUUAUUCAAGAUUGUUUGAUUGGAUUGUGAACAAAAUAAACAAUUCUAUAGGUCAAGAUCAUAAUUCAAAAUUCCUGAUUGGGGUCCUGGAUAUCUAUGGAUUUGAGAGUUUCAAGACAAACAGCUUUGAGCAAUUCUGCAUCAAUCUAACAAAUGAGAAACUUCAGCAACAUUUCAAUCAGCAUGUUUUCAAGAUGGAACAAGAAGAAUAUACAAAAGAAGAAAUUGACUGGAGUUAUAUAGAGUUUGUUGACAAUCAUGAUAUUCUUGAUCUCAUUGAAAAGAAACCUGGUGGCAUCAUUGCUCUUCUGGAUGAGGCCUGUAUGUUUCCAAGAUCAACACAUGAAACAUUUGCACAAAAGCUAUACCAGACAUUCAAAGAUCAUAAGCGAUUCAGCAAGCCAAAAUUGUCCCGUACUGACUUCACCAUCUCUCAUUAUGCUGGUGAUGUCACCUAUCAAACCGAGCUCUUCUUGGACAAGAAUAAAGAUUAUGUUAUUGCAGAGCAUCAAGCACUCUUGACUGCUUCAAGGUGCUCCUUUGUGUCUUGCUUAUUCCCACCCUUACCCGACGAAUCCUCAAAAUCAUCCAAGUUCUCAUCAAUAGGUUCUCGGUUUAAGCUACAAUUGCAAGCCUUGCUUGAAACACUGGGUUCAACUGAACCUCAUUAUAUUCGUUGUGUGAAGCCAAAUAAUCUUCUGAAACCAUCGAUCUUUGACAACUCUAAUGUACUUCAACAACUCCGGUGUGGGGGAGUCAUGGAGGCUAUUAGGAUAAGCUGUGCUGGGUUUCCCACUAGAAGAAAGUUUAAUGAAUUUAUAGAUCGUUUUGGCACCCUUGCCCCUGAAGUUUUGGAUGGGCGAUCUGAUGAGGUAGCUUCUUGCAAGAGGCUUUUGGAGAAGGUGGGCCUGAUCGGCUAUCAGAUUGGUACAACCAAAGUAUUUCUUAGGGCUGGUCAGAUGGCUGAACUAGAUGCUCGAAGGAAUGAGGUUUUAGGAAGAUCUGCAUGCACCAUCCAGAGAAAAGUUCGUUCAUACUUUGCACACAAAAAAUUUAUUGCAAUGCGGCUGUCUUCCAUCCAAAUUCAAGCUCUUUGUAGAGGAGAAAUUGCACGCAUUCUCUAUGAAAACAUGAGGAAGGAAGCUGCUUGUCUGAGGAUCCAAAAAAAUGCACGUAUGUAUCUUUCUAAGAAGGCUUACAAAAUGCUAAUUUCCUCUGCUGUUACUAUUCAAACGGGUAUGCGCAUGCUGGCUGCUCACCAUGAGCUUCACUUCAGGAAGCAAACAAAGGCUGCAAUUCUUAUCCAGGAUCAAGCCUCGGGAAGGAUGAUUGGCAAUGCUAAAGUGAUGGACGGUCUUUAUUGUCUUGCAAUAGAUCUUCCUAAUUCCUCUUUAAAUAAAGCUAUCCUAAGUGUAAGCACAAAUGCCAAAGUCUUGUUAUGGCAUAAACGCUUAGGACACCCUAGCCUUCCUUACCUUAAAUUUUUGUAUCUUGAUUUUUUUAGCAAUAAAGAGCAGAUUCUUACAUGUGAACAAUGCACUCUUGCUAAACAACCGAGAUGACAUCAUCCUAUUCAAUU